AUGCCCUUCAACACGUUCUCUGUAGCUGCUGCUACAACCCCAACUGUGAUAGCGACAGCGCUUGCACACUACCUGGAUCGCAACUCCCUCAAGGGCACACCGAGAAGCAGUCUCUCAUACCAUGAAGGUGUUGAGCUUAUCAAAAAAUUUAUGGAAUAUGCCUCGAACCACACUGUGGAACAGUUCCAAGCCUUCACAAGUCAAUAUGUCCCGCACCCUAUUUCGGUGCAUGUCGAGAUUACAACAAUCCCAUUAGAAUGCCUAGACAAAUCAGCGCAGCAUGUCAUUGAUCAGCUCGGGCCCGACGGCGUGGAAAAGGUCGGUGGUAAAGCGUGGUGGAGGUGGAGGCCUAAAGAGCUGAGCGCGGAGUGGAUCGAGAUGCGCAAAGAUUACUGGCACCGAACGCGACACCCGGAAAGACCUCCAAGAACGAUGUUAUACGUACAUGGCGGUGCCUACUUUUUUGGUAGCGUGGAUGAACACAGGUACCAGCUCCAGCGGCAUGCAAGGAAGCUUCAGGCACGAGUUUUUGCGCCGCGUUAUAGAUUGGCACCCCAAUUUCCAUUCCCCUGUGGACUUUACGACGUACUAGCAUGUUAUUUGUAUCUAAUUAGCCAGCAGCCCCCAGGAACGAUAGUACUGGCGGGGGAUUCGGCUGGUGGAGGAAUGAUUCUAUCAAUGAUGAUAAUCCUAAGAGAUCAGGGCGUUCCUUUACCUGCGGGUGCUGUUUUGAUAAGCCCCUGGGUGGAUCUAUGUCAUAGCUUCCCAAGCCUUGUUCAGGAGAAUAAACAUGACUUUAUCCCACCACACGGCUUUCUCCAAAAACCUUCUCUAGCUUGGCCCCCUCCAACUAUGGAUGAUAUCGAGGCGGCCAAGUUGGGCAUAACUUUGAGUAAUCCUACAAGUCCACCUGUGGGCUUUGAAAUGGUAUCGGAGCAAAUAGUGGAUCCAAAAGUUCCAGUUAAGCCAUCACGCCGCAACACAUCUAUCGCUAUUGACGGUAAAACCAUAAUCUUGAAAGACCAAAUCCAGAUGUAUACCACCAAUGAUCUCAUGAGCCACCCUCUAGUAUCCCCCAUUCUACAGGGCAGUCUAGGGGGCCUGCCGCCGCUCUUGGUCUUGACAGGCGGAGGCGAGGUAUUGCGAGAUGAGCAGAUCUAUUUGGCACACAAGGCGGCCAAUCCCGCAACAUACCCAACCUGGGAGGGACAUCUAGCAGACGACCAGACCGGUAGGCAAAAGGCCAGUGUCGAUAAAUGGCCCCCUACCAAAGUCUGGCUUCAAAUAUACGACGAUUGCUGCCACGUGACACCCACAUUGAGCUUCACUAGGCCUGCAAAGUUUAUGUAUCGUGCCAUCGCGCACUUUGGCGCAUGGGCACUGACCAACGCCACACACACCAAGAUUGAGGUAGUUGAAGACGACGACAUCUCUAUAAUCUCCUCCAGCGACUCGGCCAACUUUGACGAGAGCGAAGAUGACAACAGCACGACCGAGCCCACUGGCCACAAGCUGCAGCAGCGGGGCACCAUCCGCGAUGCCGACUCGACAAAUGUUCCUCCCUUUGAAAAAAACAUGAUCCGGCAGCAAAUUGACCGCCACGGCCGCAUCUUUGACUUGCCGCCCCCCAGCGAGUUUCUAGCACUACAGAUGAAGCCCGAGGAGAUCGGGGUCAUCAAGGAGACGCCUGUGCGCCGGUGGAUGGCCGCGAAGGAGAAGUGGGAUACAAAGUUCGCCGCCGCAAAGAAAGAGGUUCAACGCCGGAGGGCCAAGGAGCUCGCCAGCGAGUUUGUGGGGACUGGGGAGGGCGAGAGGCCACCGCCGAGUGCUGCGGCGGGGAGGAUAAGGAAGGAUGAUGUACUAGUUGAGUCGGAGAAGAAGAAGCCGAGCUUGGGACUGAAGUGGUGGAGUUCUAUGGGAUAUAGCCAUGAUGAGAAGACUAUGGCUCGAGAGAAGAAGGCGAUGGGCGGGCAGAAUGACAGUAAUACUGAGAUGACGAAGGAUUCGGGGGAGGCGGUGGUCUCGGAGACGUAA